AAAAUGCAGGAGAUGUGAGCCUUAAUUUAAGCACAAAGCACAUGCUCAUUAUUUGCAGCUCAUCGAUCCUCAAAUUAACCAUCUUCUCUCCAAUUCAUUCCUCGAAUCCCAAAAUUCAUGGCUUCAAAUCCUGCUAAUAUCGUCGAAAAAGCGCAUCCAACCACCGUAUUCCGAUGGGGACCACUAGCUCGCCGGAAAUUUUCAUUCCGGAAGAAGAGGUUGCCGACGGUGCGGCUAGGAGGCGGGAAGAAUAACAACAAUCGCCGGGGAUUCUCCGUCGCGAAGCUUUUCCGGCGAGUAAAAUUGCGGUGGCUGAAGUUGCAGUACACGUGUUUGCUGAAAAAACUGAGAGAAUAUUAUCGGUCUGCGGUGAAAGAUUUAAUGGAAAAUGGCGGAGCAUUGGAUUCGUUUCAGCAACGUUUACUAUUGGAGACUUCUUUUGCCGUUCCGGUGAUGGGCCUUUCCUUCAAUACUUUUCCAAAUCACUAUGGCACUUGAAUCUAUCUUUUUUUGGUAAAUAGUAUUUUUAUUGUGAAAUUUUUACUUGGAUAAAAGUUUGAAAAAAUUAUGAGUGGAAAUCUUUGUAUUAUUAUUGAAAUAAUUCGAAAAUAAAAUCCUCAAUAAUGCAUCAUUUUUUCAA